UUCCAUGCAUGCCGCCCUCGCCAAUCCUCUUCCCAAGGCGGCGAUCGAUCGCAUGCCUUGUUCCCCUCUCCUCACAUUUCACAACACUGUUGAUACAUACAGUACACCUUUGGGUUUUGCUCUCCUUUUCGGUUGUUGUUUUUACCUGCACCGGCAACGGAAGGUCCUCCCCUCCUCCCUCGUUCUCCUCCGGGUUUUGCUCUCCCCUUCCUCUUCCACCUGCAGGUGACCUGUCUGCCUUUGCUUCCUCCCGCGACCUCCUUCCUUCCACCGCACCCUCCCUCGUUCUCCUCCGGGUAGGGAGGGCACCUGGGGCAUCAGAUCAGACCCUACCCGGGGACCUAUUAAUGCCCCGGUCGUGACAGAUGCCCGCUGUUCUUGGCACCGGUGGCAGCCUCGCUCUCUGAACCUUUUGCUUGCCCCUGCUCCUUCAAACACCCUGCUCCGGGAAGAACGAACCCCGUGCCGCCGGUCCUGAACUCGGUUUGAUUCGGAGCACCCGGUGUUUUGUUCGUCCUGCAAAAGAGAUUUCCUUCCCUUUUUUCAGAGUCUCCAGCCAGUUUCAGGAGUUCCUUCAUUGCAAGGCUUUCCUCUGUUCUCUCGCUCGCCUGCCUUUUUCAGAGCCGUUUUAGUCCUUGAUUUUGUUCGAGCUGCGGAUUCUUGGCUGCUCUUUGAUUGAUUCUUGACCACGAAACAAGCUCGUCGAAUUCCAUAUAGAUUCAGCUGAUCAAUCAAGUUUAAUCACGCCAGUCAUAUCCCAAGCGAAAUCUUCUACUUCCCGGCCUGCUGCUCUGGCCAGUUCCUCUCCUGAGCAGUGAUCACCCACCCGGCGCAGCGGUUCUUGAUCGCCGUCCAUGGCGGCGGCGGCGGCGGCUGUGCGCGCCGCGGCGGUGGCGGUGCUGUCAGUGGCGGUGCUGUGCGGCGCGGCGCAGGCGAUCGGCGUGAACUGGGGCACGCAGCUGAGCCACCCGCUGCCGGCGAGCACGGUGGUGCGGCUGCUGCAGGACAACGGCUUCGACAAGGUGAAGCUGUUCGACGCCGAGGACGCCAUCCUCGGCGCGCUCAAGGGCUCGGGCAUCCAGGUCAUGGUCGGCAUCCCCAACGACAUGCUCGCCGACCUCGCCGCCGGCGGCAAGGCCGCCGAGGACUGGGUCGCCAAGAACGUCUCCGGCCACGUCCGCGACGGCGUCGACAUCAGGUACGUGGCCGUGGGUAACGAGCCGUUCCUGGAGACGUUCAACGGGACGUACCUGAAUACGACGUUCCCGGCGAUGCAGAACAUCCAGGCGGCGCUGGUGAAGGCCGGCCUUGCCGACAAGGUGAAGGUGACGGUGCCGCUGAACGCCGACGUGUACCAGUCGCCGACGGGGAAGCCGUCGGACGGCGACUUCCGCGGCGACAUCCACGGCCUGAUGCUCACCAUCGUGCAGUUCCUGGCGUCCACGGGCGCGCCGUUCGUGGCCAACGUGUACCCGUUCAUCAGCCUGUACACGGACCCCAACUUCCCGCUGGACUACGCCUUCUUCCAGGGCUCGUCGUCGCCGGUGGUCGACGGCGGCGUCACCUACCAGAACACCUUCGACGCCAACCACGACACGCUGGUGGCGGCGCUCCGCCGGAACGGGUUCGGCAACGUGUCGGUGGUGGUCGGCGAGGUCGGGUGGCCGACGGACGGCGACGCCAACGCCAACCUCGACUACGCGCGGCGCUUCAACCAGGGGUUCCUCGCCCACAUCGCCGGCGGCCAGGGCACGCCGCUGCGGCCGGGCCCCGUCGACGCCUACCUCUUCAGCCUCAUCGACGAGGACCGCAAGAGCAUCCAGCCGGGCAACUUCGAGCGCCACUGGGGCAUCUUCAACUACGACGGCACGCCCAAGUACGCGCUCAGCCUCGCCGGCGGCGGCAACGGCUCGGCUGCGCUGACGCUCAAGCCGGCGAGGGGCGUCCAGUACCUGGAGAAGCGGUGGUGCGUGCUCAAGCCGUCGGCGGACCUCGCCGAUCAGAAGGUCGGCGACAGCGUCGGCUACGCGUGCGGGCUCGCCGACUGCACGGCGCUCGGGUACAAGACCUCCUGCGGCGGCCUCGACGCCAGGGGCAACGUUUCCUACGCCUUCAACAGCUACUACCAGACCAUGGACCAGGACGACCGCGCCUGCGACUUCAGGGGCCUCGCCGCCGCCACCUCCGUCGACCCCACGGCGGGGACGUGCCGCUUCAUCGUCCAGAUCGACGUCGGCGCCGCCGCGGCUAUCAGCUCCGCCAGGGGCGUCGCCGGAGGCGUGGCCAGCUCCGCGCUCGCCGCGCUCGUGCUCAUGUCGUCCAUGUUGCUCUGAUGAGACUGAAGCGUUUCCAAAUAGACCGUACCGUCCAUGCGCAUUGUUUGUCUUUAAUUAGCUUCUGAUGAGAGGAUUCUUGACGCAUGUACUUACUAGUGUUGUUUAUUUUGGUUGGAUAAAUCUUUCUUUUAUUUCAAAAUGCCACGCGUCUCUUGUCAAUUUCUUGUAUGUUCGGAUAAAACGUAUUAUACACUGACGUAUGAAAUCUUUCCCAGUCA